GUCUGGUGGUUCGCAGGCCAAUGCAGGCAUGCCGUCGAAUGUUUCCGCGGCACACCUAGAGGCUGCCGCUGCGCAGCUGAAAGAGAUCGCAGACGCCCGCGUCUUUCCUAUCCUGCUCGAGACGGCGUUAAUGGCUUUCUUCACGGUCCUGACGGUAUACUUUGUUUGGCAGCGUUGGUACUCCGCGCGCAAUAAGCCGUUGGUUAAGCCGAUGCUGGCUUUGGCUCUUUGUGCCUACGCUUUGGCGAUGGUGUCCUGGGCGCUCGAUAUCGCCAUCCUAUGGAACGACGUAUACUGCUUUCUGCCGUUACAAUUGUCCACAGCUCAAGUGGACGACUACGAAGCGGUACUCACGGACUUGAACGGCGCAAUCUUCUUCGCCCAGGUCGUCAUCCUCAGGUUCAUCUGGUUUAUCUCUGACUGCAUCUCUUUAUGGCGAGCAUAUGCCAUACUUGGCCGUCCCCGAUGGCUCCUCGUUUUGUCAAUUGUCAUCUUGCUAAUCGAAGCGGGACUCUAUAUCCUCAACCUAAUCCUGAAUUCUGCGACAAGACUGCCGAGCGUGGCGCCUUCCAUACAGAAGAUAGUCGAAUCAAACGACUGGAUCGCGGUCAUGGUAGUACAGUCCAUCGCGACUGCGUUCACUGCGGCGGUUCUUGUCAUUUCGACCGUACUCAUCGGAUGGAGAGCAUGGCUGCAUUGGCAAGAGAUAAGGGCCUUCGUACGCACCUCAGAGUCAAACAGAAGCCUGGCAAUGAUGGCCAUGCUCGUCGAGAGCGGAGUGGUGUACACCGCCAUCUGGAUCAUAUACGCCGUAUACAACGACGUCGGAUCCCUCGACCGCUCAGACGGCUUCUUCUGGUCCAACUUCUACAUGUCCCCUCUUUCUGCCAUGUAUCCCACUCUGGUAGUCGUGCUCGUGACAACGCGCCGAUCGGUGUUGGAACACACCCUCAACCCGCCCACGGGUGCUUUGCAGUUCGCUGUUCCUUUGAGCAUGGGAGGGCGUACUACAGGCUCCUCUCAGCUGUCAGAGACCGUAGCGCCGAGUUCAGCUCGAAGGGAGACAUUCGAGCUCAAGGAUAAGAAGAGAGAUCUGUCUCACGCAGGUUCCGAUGAAGUGGUCUGA